AUGGCUAAUACUCCAAGCAUCUCUCACAAAACUUUAGUCUCUUCAAAAGAGACUCCUUCUUCUACUACUAACCAAGUCUCAACAAAUUCUGUUCUAGCGAGUUGUGGAAUCCGCAAGAGUUUGUCUAGUUCUAAUUUACUCACUAAUCGUUUUAGCUCUUUAUCUUCAGAUGAUGAAGAUGAAUCAUUAGUAUCAGAUGAAGAGGUGGACCCAAAAGAAAAUUUGUCUCCGGCAGGCAAAGUAUUUCUUCGGGGUAGACCGGUUAAGCCAUCCACAAAGGCUAAAGAGAUGCAAUCACAUUAUGUAGCUCGUGGACGGGGUAAUGGAAAUCGAGAUCAAGCCACCGUGCCUCAAAUCUCCGCCGCUCACCGGCGUCUGAUUAGGCGUCGGGUCCUCGCCGAGCUAUCCUCUCCGUCGCCGCCUCGCGAGAUGGGGAAGAAAAAAGCAAAGAAACCCUCGCCCUCGAAGCCGCCCAAGUCUUCAAGCGCGUCGCCGCCGUCGAAAAACUCUUCCUCGCCGUCGACUGCGCAUCCCGUACAAGAUGAAAUCGCAGAUCUCCCUUCUCCUGCCUCAGUGGAAGUUUCUGAUGCCCUCCAGUGCUGUAAAGCUGUUGAGGUUGCUCAACCCACCCGAGACAUCGCAGAUCCGAGACCAGCCCUUACUGAAUCCGCUUCUGAGAAGACAGUGAUCGUUGCUAACCCGACUGAUCCAUCUACUGUGGAGGCGAAUUGUAAGACUUCUGUAACAGAGUCGAGCCCUGUAGCGCAGGCUGAGAGCUCCUCUGUUCCUCUGCAAGCACAACCGGAGGCUCUUCAGGCCUUGGCUGUAGCUGGAGCUUCUGAGACCGUAGCCGAUGCAGUAGCCAAGGAGACCCCUUUGAGCUCGCAGAACGCUGAUACUAAGGUUCCCUCGCCUGUUAUCAACGAGGAGAUGAUGACAAGUAACACCACAGGAGUGUCGCUGGACUCAACAGUCGAAGCAGACCCCAAGAACACACCGGCGAUAACACAGGAAACUACCAAUACCAGUUGGUGUGAUCGAACCAAGGGUGUUAAACAACUGUCGAAGAAAGGGGAAGCGUUCACUCUUCCGUCAGGUGAAGCGUGCAUCAAGAUCCCCAAUUCUGUGAUUGAAAAAAAUCGCAAAUCUUGGGAACCAUUUGUGCUCGGACAGUUCUACUCGGACCCUCCUUCUCAGGGAACCCUUCACAACAUUGUGAAUGGAAUUUGGAGUAAAAACUACAGGGACAUUUCGGUGUCCAAGAUGGAAGGAUUCUCUUUUCUCUUCAGGAUUCCGAACGCGGCAACCAGAAGCAGAGUCAUCAAGCAGAAGUUGUGGCAAAUCGAAGGCCAAACAAUGUUCGUAGAUAAGUGGGAGCCUGGCGUUGUACCAACUAAGCCGGAACUUACCUCUGCUCCCAUUUGGCUCGAACUGCGUAACGUCCCAUUCCAAUUCUUCAACGAAGACGGUCUUGAGCGUAUAGCAAGUCUUGUUGGGCACCCAAAGUUCCUCCACCCAGCAACAGCCAACAAAACAAACCUUGAGGUAGCUAAAGUCUUCACCAUCAUUGAUCCGAGGAAGCCGCUUCCGGAGGCUGUCAACGUUCAAUUUGACUCAGGAGUUAUAAGUAGAGUGCUAGUCUCUAGCCCGUGGAUGCCACCAGUGUGUGAAUUCUGCAAAGAGAUUGGUCAUUCCACUAGAAGAUGCCCGACAGCUCCAAAGCCUUGCUCUUUCUGCAGUGCUUCUGAUCAUGUUGUAGCUAAGUGUCCCAAAGCACCGAAAAAGGAAGUCCGGGGCAGGAAAACUAGAAGAAGUAGAUCGAGAGCGAAGCAACAAUGGAUGGCAGUGGAUAACUCGGUCCCUCCCACGAACCAGACUGUCAUGCAGGUGCCAUUAACCAUGACUGAUAACGCAUCUCCGCCUCUUGCUCUAGCGGACCCUAGUCUAGUAGUUACAGUGGAGCGUUCUAAACUGGGAACCGUUAAAGACAAGAUGCGUGGUGAGUCGAGUACUUCAGCAACCCGUCGCCAGCUACCUCGUAGUGCGUCAGGUACCGAGCGUUCAUCUCAAUCUGAUAUGCAGGCAGAUUCGUCUGAUGUGGAGUCUUCAGAUUCUGAGCUCGAAGAGGGUGAGUUUAGUAAGCAUGAGCCGGACUUCGAGCUGCUAACUCACCGCAGCGGUCUUCGUAAAUGGAGUAGGAAGCAUUCUCCUAUUUUUGGUGCGCUGCUUGAGACGCACGUCAAGCCUCUCAAGAAAAAUAAAUUCAUUUCGGAGAUUUUCCCUGGAUGGGCAUCGGAUGAUAACUACGGUUUUUCUCUCUUAGGUAAAAUUUGGAUCGUUUGGCAUCCCUCUCUUUUGGUGACUACCAUUUCUAAGUCACUUCAGAUGAUAACGGUUGAGGUAACUUGGCCAUCCGUUCAGUCCAAGAUUGUCAUCUCUAGCAUCUACGCCUCUAAUGAUGUGGAUGAGCGCCGCAGUCUGUGGGCAGAGAUUGUAUCGCUGGUUUCUUCUCAUCAGCUUGACUCCAAGCCUUGGUUAAUUUUGGGAGACUUCAACCAAAUUAGGGAUCAGAUUGAGCAUUCCAAGCCGCCUUCUCUCAAUAUGGAUAACAGGAUCCGGGAGUUCAAUCAGUGUUUGUCGACUGCGAACGUUGACGACCUCAACUAUAGAGGCAACACUUUUACUUGGUGGAACAAGAACAAAAAAAAUCCGAUAGCGAAGAAGUUAGAUCGAGUGCUGGUAAAUGACGAGUGGUACUUUCAGUUCCCAUCCUCGGUAGCCUUCUUUGGCAGCCCAGAAUUCUCUGAUCAUGCUGUAGCCUCCAUCUCUCUAGACCCGUCUACAAUUAGGACAAAAAAACCUUUCAGGUUCUAUAACUUCAUCACUCUUAGUCCUGAUUUUAUUCCUAUGAUUUGCAACUGCUGGUUUUCUUUUAAUGUCACAGGAUCGGCAAUGUUCAGAGUUGCCCGCAAGCUGAAACUGUUGAAGAAAUGCAUCAAAGAUUUUAGCAGGGAGAAUUACUCCGGCAUUGAAAAGAGGACAGCUCAGGCGCUUGUCUCUUUGGUUGAUGCCCAGAACUCGGUUCUAGCCAACCCAACUGAAGACAACGCUACAAUGGAAAUUCAAGCAAUGAGAGAAUGGGAGGAGCUUUCUAAUGCGGAAACUUCUUUCUACUUUCAGAGAUCUAGAAUUAACUGGCUUGCUUAUGGUGAUGGCAGCUCCAGGCUGUUUCAUAGAUAUGCGGCGUCAAGAGUAGCCAUAAAUCACAUUCAUUUUUUGAUAACAGCAACUGGUGAAAGGAUUGAGUCUGUGCCGGAAAUUCAAGAGAACUGUGUUCAGUACUUCUCGGAGCUGCUGGGGGGUCAUGUCUCGCCUCCGAUGUUUGUGCAAAGCGACCUCGAUAUGCUAUUCAACUUCAAAUGCUCGGAGGAACAAGCUGCUAAGUUUGAGAUGCGCUUCUCGGCAGCGGAGGUCAAAGAAGCUUUCUUCACUCUUCCCAGGAACAAAACUGGUGGCCCGGAUGGAUACUCGGCGGAAUUCUUCAUCGCUUCCUGGGCUGUUGUAGGCACGGAAGUUACUGAGGCCAUUCAGGAGUUCUUCUCAUCGGGCUUUAUCCUAAAGCAGUGGAAUGCGGCUAAUCUCGUCCUAAUUCCAAAAAUCCCAAAUGCGGCCCACCCUUCUCAGUUCAGACCUAUCUCGUGCCUUAACACGGUCUACAAAGUCAUUGCGAAGCUGCUGGCGUCAAGACUGAAGGAGAUUCUGCCCCUGAUGAUUUCGAAUUCUCAAUCUGCGUUUCUCCCGGGCCGCCUGCUUGCAGAAAAUGUACUAUUAGCCACAGAUUUGGUCAACGGAUAUCAUACCCAAAACGUCUCAUCCCGAGGUAUGCUGAAGGUAGAUCUUCGAAAAGCGUUUGAUAGUGUCAGAUGGGACUUCAUCCUUGCUUCACUCAGAGCCAUAGCGAUCCCAGAGAGCUACAUCAGCUUAAUCUCCCAGUGCAUAACCACAGCUUCCUUCUCUGUCUCUGUGAAUGGUGCGACUGGCGGAUUCUUCAGAAGCUCUAGAGGCAUAAGACAAGGUGAUCCCCUGUCCCCUUAUCUCUUCGUGCUAGCCAUGGAGUGCUUGUCUAGGCUCCUUCGAUCAAGAUAUGAGGAAGGAAACAUAGGCUAUCACCCAAGAACCGAAGAGUUAAAGAUAUCACACUUGAUGUUUGCGGACGAUGUGAUGGUUUUCUUCGAUGGGAGUAGUAACAGUUUACACGGAAUAUCAGAGUGUCUGGACGACUUUGCUUCUUGGUCAGGGUUGCAGAUGAAUGCCAAUAAGACAGAGCUAUUUAUUACGGGGCUGGACCAUUCAGAAUCCAUGGCUAUUGCUGCCUAUGGAUUCCCUACUGGUGCACUUCCCAUUAGAUACCUUGGUCUUCCCCUCAUGAGUAGAAAGCUUAAGAUAUCGGAAUACGCGCCUCUUCUGAUCAAAAUCACCAGGAGCUUCCAAGCAUGGGCAGUAAAGUUACUUUCUUUUGCGGGGAGACUCCAACUCCUCAAGACGGUGAUUUUUGGCUUGAUUAAUUUCUGGGUUUCGGCUUUCAUGCUGCCCAAAGGUUGUAUCGCACAAAUUGAAUCCCUUUGUACUCGCUUUCUCUGGUCAGGGAACAUUGAUAAGAAGGGAUUAUCGAAAGUUGCUUGGACAACGGUUUGUCUCCCGAAACAGGAAGGGGGAUUGGGUAUUAGAAGGAUCUCAGCGUGGAAUCAGGUUUUGGGCUUGCGGUUCAUUUGGCUAUUGUUAUCAAAUUCCACUUCGCUUUGGACGGAAUGGCACAGAAGCAUUCUUAACGGCCGUUCUUUCUGGUCUAUUGAGCCUACUCAGUCUGACUCUUGGGCUUGGAAGAGAAUCCUCAAGCUUAGACCUAUUGCGCUGCAAUUUUGUAAUAUGGCUAUUGGAAACGGCGCUUCUACAAGCUUCUGGCUCGACGUGUGGACACCAUUUGGGCAGCUGAUCAACUUCAUAGGUCCAGGAGGUCCACGAGCUCUACGAAUAAGGAAGGAGGCGCUGGUGGCUGACGCCAUCUCUGCUUCAAACUGGGCGCUGCCCAACCCUCGCUCUGAGCAGGAAGUUACUCUUCACUCUUAUUUAACUACUAUUUCGCUUCCAUUGCCUAUUGAUGUCAGUGAUGUUUUUGAAUGGAGAGCUGCUGAUUUCCCUUUGAAUGAAUUUAAUUCUAGGGCCACAUGGGAGGUGCUGAGACCUAGACAGCCGAUACAGGACUGGCAUGAUGUAGUCUGGUUCAAAGGAGCCCUACCGAAGCAUGCUUUCACGAUGUGGGUCGCCAACUAUGAUCGUUUGCCAACAAGGGCUAGGCUAGCCUCCUGGAAUCUGUUGGUGCCUGCAACUUGUCCACUCUGUGCCUCUCAUGCCGAAACGCGCGACCACCUCUUUCUCUCCUGCCGUUAUGCCAACGACAUCUGGUCCUAUGUGUUUGCAAGAUGUAAUCCUCCCCCACGGAGGUUUACAGAAUGGAGUGAACUCUUAUCCUGGAUCCGAGCAACUCACUCAAGGAGACUGCAACUGCUCAGGAAGCUGGCUUCUCAGGCUGGGAUAUUCCAUAUUUGGAAACAGCGUAACAACUUGAUUCACAACAAUGACGCCUUGCCAGCUUCAACUGUUUUCAGGUCUAUUGAUAAGGAAAUGAAAAACAUUAUUUCUUCAAGGAGAUCUCAGAAAGUUUUUAGUUCACUUAUGGUUCUUGCUGUUGUAUAA